AUGGCUAUAUUGAAGAUAAAGAAACCAAGAGGGAGUGGAGAGUCCACUCCAGAUGAACCCAAGACUAAGAAGAUUCGUAUCAGAGCGAAAAGAGAAGAUGGAGGGGUACUUCCGAAGCCAAGACUGAAGAUAAAUUUGAAAGAAAAGGAACACGAGAGUAACAAAGAUAAAUCACUGAAAGUUAAAUUGAAUCUGAAGAAGAAUGAUGAGGAAAAUGUACCGAAAACACCUAGACUUAGGUUAAAACCAAUUAGAGUGCCGGGCGAAGGCUAUGACUCCGAAGCAUCGGAUGUGGAAGACGACCCAUUAAUUGAAAACGGUAUAAUAUUACGAGUAUUACCGGACAUUCAGGUAGAAUUUAUCAAAAACUCUAUUGAAUCCGGUGAUUACUCUGGAAUUCAUAUAAAAUGGAAGGGUGAACGCCAUGCUAUUGUCCAUAUUAACGAUAUAAUGUAUGGCGCCAUCUUGGUUGAUUUACCGACAAUCAUUGAAGUAAAUAAGAGCGUGGAUAGGAAAAAUUUACUAAAAACAUUUGAUGUUAGUCAAAUGCUACUCUGUAUUCAGGCAAUUAAUGACGAAGAUAGCGUUUUUACCCUCAACCCACCAGAUACAGAAGAUGCCAUAUCAAGGCAUUAUGACAUGAUUUCGGAUGAGAUAGAAAAGAAUAAAGAGAUGAUUUUAAAAAGCCAUCUUGGAGGUCACUUAAGCGAGCAAGAAUUAAAAUACUUACAAGAAAUAUCAUCCAAAGCUUAUGACUAUAAACAUGGUAUUACGCCGCCACUGUUUAAUGUCAGAAAUAGAAGAUUCAGAAGAAAAAUGAGUCCUACAGAAUUUGAUUACGUUGAAAAGGUAGUUGAAAAUCUUCUAUUAAAUGAUACCCAGUCGGAACAAGUCAGCUAUGAAUUGGUGGAUGAAGAUCAAAUUAUGGCUAAACCAUCCUCGGUUAAUUUAUCCUCACAAAUGGAUGAAACAGAGUUUAUUGGAUCGCCAGGAGAGGCUGAAGAAGAGGAAGAAGAGGAAGAGUUGGAUCUAGAGGAGGCCUUUGAGAGCGAGGAUGAACAAACUAUGGGACCUCACGCCCUAGAAGGCGGCAUUAACGACGGAGAAGAACAAGUAGUAGAGGGACAGGAUGAAGACGAGGAGGAAGAGGAAGAGGAAGAAGAAGAUGAGGAGGAAGAAGAAGAAGAAGAAGAGGAAGAAGAAGUAGAAAGUGGUUCGAAGGAUGCCGAUAGACAACACAUGGAACUUUUAGCGGACGAAUUAAACGAAUUAGAAAGUACCUUAGUACAUACCAAGCAAAAGGUUGAGAAGGCUACUAAUCCUCUAUUGAAAUCAAGAUUUGUUGAGAACAUUAUGAAAUUAGAGAAAGAAGCUGAACUAAAGAGAAAACAAUUAAAAGCAAGGGAAGAACUCCUAAAUAAGACCGAAAUUUCAGGCAUAAAUGACGCAACGAGUAAAGAACAAAUAAUGGAGAUGCAAGACGGUAAUGAAGAAGAAGAAGAGGAAGAAGAAGAAGAAGAAGAGGAAGAAGAAGAGGAAGAUGAUGAUGAAGAAGAAGAAGAGGAGGAGGACAAUGAUGAGGAACAAUUUUCUGCCGGAGCAAAUGCCGCCCAAGUGGCAGAUAACGAAGAGCAAGGACUGGAUCAGGAGGAUCUGGACAUGAUGAUGCUUUUCGGUGCAGAGGCAGACGACUAA